UUACUCUGCAGCACUUAACACGAUUCCUUCUCACGAGUCCUAUCAAAUUUCAAAUUAGUUUUUUUCCACCACUCGAUGCAGUCAUUUGAACGUCGGACGCCAAAGGUAACAACAUGCCGCCAAACGCUACAGCAAAUACACAAUCCAUAAGCAACUCCUUGGUUGCCAAUGCCAGUGGUGAUUCGAAAUCUCUGACUGAUAACACCACUGGUGUACUCUUCGAGCAAGAUGCCGAAACCUAUGAUGGAGGCUUAUUGAAGGACAUUGAAAAGCUGAAGAAAGCUGAAAAACGAAGGUUUAAACUGGUUUGGCGAAACAUAAUUGCAUUCGUCUAUGUCCACUUAGCAGCUGUAUAUGGACUUUAUUUGAUGUUGACAUCGGCCAAAUGGCAAACUAUUUCAUUAGCACUGUUCUUAUAUUUGAUUUCUGGACUGGGUAUAACAGCCGGUGCUCAUCGCCUUUGGGCUCAUCGUGCGUACAAGGCCAAAUGGCCCUUACGUCUGAUUUUGAUGGUUUUCAAUACAAUCGCCUUCCAGGAUGCAGCCUACCACUGGGCACGUGAUCAUCGUGUACAUCACAAAUAUUCGGAAACCGAUGCUGAUCCCCAUAAUGCUACACGGGGCUUCUUCUUCUCUCACGUAGGUUGGUUAAUGUGCAAAAAACAUCCCCUGGUGAAAGCCAAAGGCAAAGGCGUGGAUUUGUCCGAUUUGCGCGCUGAUCCGAUUUUAAUGUUCCAGAAGAAAUAUUAUUUGAUUUUGAUGCCGAUUUUGUGCUUCUUGUUGCCCACCACGAUUCCUAUGUACGUAUGGAAUGAGAAUUUCGUCAAUUCAUGGUUUGUUGCUGCUAUGUUCCGUUGGUGUUUCACUUUGAAUAUGACUUGGCUGGUGAAUAGCGCUGCACAUAAAUUCGGAGGAAAGCCCUACGACAAAUUUAUCAACCCAUCAGAAAAUAAAUCGGUAGCCAUCUUCGCUUUCGGUGAAGGCUGGCACAAUUAUCAUCAUGUAUUUCCAUGGGACUACAAAACGGCUGAACUUGGCGAUUAUUCCCUGAAUAUUACCACGGCUUUUAUUGAUUUCUUUGCCAAAAUCGGCUGGGCCUACGAUCUAAAGCAGGUGUCACAUGACAUCAUCGAAAAGCGCGUCAAACGCACUGGCGAUGGCUCUCAUGCGACUUGGGGUUGGGGAGAUAAAGAUCAGUCUAAGGAAGAAAUGGCGGACGCGCUAAUUACACACAAAAAAGACGAAUGAAGCAAAGAUAACACACAAGCAGCGAAGAGCAACAGAAUCAACGCGGCGUGUGUGAACAACUGUCAGAGCGGUCAUCUGUAAGAUAAAAAGCAUAUACAUAUAACUGAUUAGGAAUGGGUUAAACAGUUGUUGUAGGGGUGUGCGAAGGUGUCAACACUGCAGUAAUCAAUCUAAUAGCAUUUUUCAAGUCGUUUUAAAAAGGUAACUGAUAAAUAAAAAACUAUAUAUAUUGCACGGCAUCAAAUAGCUUAAACUAAGCAUAAGUUUUAGAUUGUAAACAAGUCUUGUAAAACUUUUUAUGCAAAAUCAAUGUUAUACAUACAUACAUACAUGCGUGCAUUUAAAAUUAUUUUUCUUCCAUAUUCAGAAUUAAACCUACUUUCAAAUUCGAAGAGAAUAUCGAAGAGCUCUCGCUGUCUCAAGGGGCUUUUCUUCCUAAGCGUAGAUGGCUUAUAUGUAACUGUGCUAACAAUAUCAUGGAAAUAUAUAAGUAUAAGUAUACGAAAAUGCAAACGAAUUUAUAAUAAAUUUGAAAAGUUAAAUCAAAUUCAAAUACCAUUGUAAUAGAGAAAGUUAAAGAAAUUUGUUUGCACUCUAAAUUUUUAGUGAAUCUAAAUGCAAUGAAAUAUGUAUAUGUAUUGGGGUAUACAUACAUGAAAUAUUUUUAACACUACUUUCAAAGGUAACAUUUCCAAAUUACUGCUAACAGCACGCUUAAUAAUGUAUGUAGUACUACAAAUGGGGUUCUUAGUAUUUAUGAAUAAAACAGAUAUAUAUAAAACAUGUUAUUUCUAAAAAUAAAUAUAAACUAUUACAUAUAAAUUGUUGAGUAAUACUAACCAAAUAGAAGCAACUAUUUUUUAACAUUAUAGUGAUUCCAUUAUCCUAAUUUACAUUAAAAAAUAUGUUGGCCAAUGUGAAAGAAAUUUAAAUACAAAAGAAAAGAAAC